AUAAAAAGAAAGGGAGUGGAUAUUAAAGGGAUGCAAAAUUGAAUAAUGGCACAAGUUGGUAGAGAGAGAGGCAGCUCGCGAGCGGCGGAAGCGGAGGAAGAUUGAAGACGGCGGUGACGCCACCAUGACUCUCGCUCAAUUCUCCAUGGUUGAAGAGUUGGCUUCUCUUGUUAAAGACAAUUAUCCUUGCAAGCAUCUAAUUUUGUCAGUGGAAGAUCUGUUAGUGAAUUAUCUUCAGGAUGAUACAAGUUUAGAUGGAGUGCUCGAGCUGGAACCUAUGAAUUCUUAUAGCCGCCUACUUGUACACCGUCUUGCUGAAAUAUUUGGAUUUUUUCAUCACUCUGUUGGAGAAGGAGAAGACAGGCACUUAGUUUUGGAGAGAAGCCCAGAGACAUCAAUUCCAGGCAUCCUUGUGAGCGAUUUAUUGUUGCAAUAUGGUGAAAUGCAGACGCCGAUGACUUGUGAUGUAUUAAGGCGUAAGGAAGUUUUGCCGCCAGACCAGAAGGUUGAUCCUGUAAGCGGGCCUUCUCUGGAUGAGAGAGAGACAGCUUAUUUUGCAGCAAGGGAAAGAAUAUUUUCGGAAGAUGCAUGUGACAGUAAACUGGUAAAGGAGAGACCAAAAAAAGAUCCUGUGGUUGCUCGCCGUAUGAUAACUCGUGCCCUUGGCCAAGCAGAUAAGGGUACAAAGCAUGAGCUCACUAAGGAAUUUGUACAAUUGGUGGUGGAGGAUGAGAGGAACAUCAAAUCUAGCAACAAGAUGAAAAUAAAUCCCCUCUCUGAGAAAAAUCCAAGGGCAUCUACGAUGCCAAAAGUCGACAGAUCCGAUGAAUUUAAAGUUGUGGAUGUUUCAAGCAAAGAACCCCAGCACUCGAAAGGCAGGGAUUCUUUGGCAGAGCUGAAGAGUGACAUGCCAGACAACUAUUUAAGACAGGAGCAUAUGGGAGCUGCAAAGAGAUUGUUUGCUAACGCCUUAAGAACGCAUCGAAGGGAUGUAAAUCUAUCAAACAAGGAAACUGGUUGCUAACCUCAGUGACGUGUAGCACUAGAACCGUAAUUACCGGGACUGGGGCAGCAUUGGAUGGCAAACCUGCUUGACAUCAGCUUCAAGAUCCUUAAUGCAGCCAUCGUGGCAUCGGAAGGAAACUUGUUAUUUGAUGGUAUUGUGUUGUAUCUCAGACUACGUUGCUGCGUAUUCACAAUUUAUUUUCUUGAUAAAGUAGGGGCACACUAUAAUUUUAUUUGUGCUAUCUAUCUUAUCUAGUGGAAUUUGCCUGUAGAAACUGCAUGGUUCUUUGUUGUACAGAAUAACAUGAACUACUCUUAUGUUA